AUCCAGCGACUCACGAUCUCAAAGGCUAAGCCUUUUCAGCCCCACACUCUCCGCUCUCUCUAUUCGUCUUCAUGCCAUCGACAAUGACGACGAAGCUCCUCUCACCGCCGUUAUCAUGUCCGUGUAUUAUUCCCUCAAGAGAGGUGGUCGGGAGCUUUCAUCGGCGGCGAAUAUGGCCGAGUUUCCGGCGGAAUCGAGCGGGGGGCUUCCGUGUCGCCGCCGUCAUGACGGAGGAGACCUCCUCCCUCUUCGCCGUUGCUUCUUCGGCGCUUCAGCUGCAGCAAUGGUGGCAUCAGAACCCUGAUUCCGUACUGUUAAUGGCGGAGACUGGAGGUUACUCGCUCGCCAGCUACUACACGUCUCUGGGUCUAUUCGUGAUAUCAGUUCCAGGACUCUGGUCACUCAUCAAGCGCUCUGUCAAGUCUAAGGUAGUGCGGAAGACAUUUGUAACCGAAGACGGAGUGAGGAAAGAGCCGAAGCAAGUUGCUGGGGAGAUACUCUCAUUCUUCACACGCAGCAAUUUCCAAGUCACUGAUCGAGGAGAGACGAUCACGUUUGAGGGAAUGAUGGUUCCAAGCAGGGGACAAGCGGCGUUAUUGACGUUCUGCACAUGUAUAAGCUUGGCUAGUGUGGCGCUUGUUCUCACCAUUACUGUUCCUGACGUGGGCAACAACUGGUUCAUCAUCACCCUUCUCAGUCCACUCGCAGGAGCAUAUUACUGGACAAAAGCGUCGAGGAAAGAGCAGAUCGAAGUGAAGAUGACGGUGGGAGGCGAUGGGACAUUGUCUGAGAUUGUCGUUCAAGGAGAUGAUCUACAGGUUGAGGAGAUGAGGAAGGAUCUCAAGCUCAGUGAGAAAGGCAUGGUUUAUGUCAAAGGAGUCCUCGAGAGAUGAUGAUGAUGAUCAACUUCAUCUGCCAUCCUUUUUUUGGUAAAGGACCCAACUUUUUUUUUUUUUGGCUGAGGGAUUUAAAGAUGUACGAUGAUAUGCAUGAGACAUAUACAUCUUUAUUGACAUAUGAGUGAAUAGUUUUAUAACAAGAAGGAGUUCUCAUAAUAUAUUUUUUUUUUAAA